AUGGACCCGUCGACCACAAAUGUCUUCAAUACCAUCAACCCACAGGUCCAUCGCCUCAAGCGCCGACUGGUCAGUCAGCUGCUCACGCCAACAUCAAUACGCAGCCUUGAACCCAUCAUCACGGAACAGAUCGACCUCUUUGUGAAGCAGCUCUCAACAACAUCUACCACAAAGACGGGUGCAGAGUCUGCCGUGAACAUGUCCCGGCGUUGCAAAUACUUGGGGCUCGAUAUUGCCGCCCUGCUUGCGUUUGGAUACAAUUUGAGACUCCAGACCGAGGAAGAACAUCGGUACCUCCCGCGCGCUAUAGCACGAGGCAGUUGGAUCAUCAACUUGUACAUGCAAUUAAGAUUUUUGAAAACCAUCAAAUUCGGCAUCCCAAUCUACGUUCCAGCUAUCAUCAAGGGCGAAGCGUUUCUUCCAACCCUGAGGAAGAUGAUCAAGGCUAGAUUGGCCGAGGACAGGUAUGCACGCGUCGACUUGUACUCGCACCUCGCGGAUGCCCUCCAGGCUUCCGGGGACGAGAAGAUCACCCUGAGCGAGCUGUGGGCUGAGGCCAUCUUCUUCCUCCCUGCCGCUGGGGACACGAGUUCUACUGCGCUCAGCUCCCUCUUCUUCUACUUGGCGCGGAACCCAGAGUGCCAAAAGACAGUGGCCAAGGAGAUUCGAUCCACCUUUACGGCUGGCGACGAUAUCAAGAGCGGGCAAAAACUCGCGAACUGCCAAUACCUGCACGCGUGCAUCAACGAGGCGCUGAGGCUGUCGCCACCCGUCGCCGGGACGGUGUGGAGGGAGCAGUCGCUCGAGAGUGCCAAAGAGCUCUUGAUCAUUGACGGGCGCGUCAUUCCCCAGGGCACGCAGGUUGGAGUCAACAUUUACUCCAUCCACCACAACCCCGACUACUUCCCCGAGCCUUUUGCCUACAAGCCCGAGCGGUGGCUCCCGUCAUCAUCGACCGAGUCCUCGGAAAAGGCGAGCAACACGGCCGCCUUUAUGCCCUUUGGUGCCGGCUCCCGCGCGUGCGCUGGCAAACCGCUCGCCUAUCUGGAAGUUGGCAUGGCCCUGGCAAAGACUCUGUGGUACUUUGACUUUGACUUUGCCCAAAGUGUAGACACGUCGGGUUCAAACCAUGAUACGGAAUUCAGGCUCAAGGAUGUGUUUACUUCCGACCAUGAUGGGCCGUUCCUUCAGUUUACACCCCGCGGCGAUUUCUACAAGGAGCUCUAG